AUGUCUCAGGAUGCAUACUCUUGGGUGGCGAGGUGUGAGAAAUGCAAGCUUUUUACUAGUAAACCCCAAUUGGUUGCCUUGCCUUUAAGGCCUGUGGUGAUUGAAGAACCAUUUACGCAGUGGGGGCUUGAUUUUAUUGGUCCUUUGAAUCCUAGUUCUAGUGUGAGGCACACCCACAUAUUAACGGCGACAGAUUAUUUCAUCAAAUGGGUGGAGGCUAUCCCUGUAAGAAAAACUACCUCAGAAAUUAUGUGUACAUUUCUUAAGGAGAAUAUUCUUGUCAGGUUUGGAGUUCCUCAGAAAAUAGUUGCAGAUAAUGCAUCAAAUUUCUCUUCGUCAGAAUUGAGCUUGUUUUUCUAUGACCAUGGAAUUGCCUUGGCAUAUGCUUCUGAUUAUUAUCUGCAGGGUAACAGUCAAGUAGAAUCAAGUAACAAGAACUUGAUUAAUAUUAUGAAAAAGUUAGUCAGUAAAAAUUUUAGGGAUUGGCAUAAGAAGCUACAUGAAGCACUAUGGGCAGAUCAAACUUCACCAAAGUAG